AUGGCAGAAACCGACCACUGUUCUUCGCGAACAUCCACCGUCCUGUCGGAAAAAGGCCCAUCUUCCUACAUUACUCCCUCCUCACCAAAGCGAAGGCCCGUUCGAGCACCAAGUACGAGGACAAGUAACGGCACAGUCAGCACAAACAUGAGUUAUGGCAGUGCGGGACGAUUGUCAGAGACCACAAAUAUCACGCAGCCACCUGCGCAUUCCAAAAAGUUCGUUGUUGUUGGAGAUGGAGGUUGUGGGAAGACCUGUCUCCUCAUCAGCUAUGCACAGGGCUAUUUCCCAGAGAAAUACGUGCCGACCGUGUUUGAGAAUUACAUCACGCAGACCAUCCACAAGCCCACGGGCAAAACAGUCGAACUCGCACUCUGGGAUACAGCGGGACAAGAAGAGUACGACCGGCUUCGACCACUGUCGUACCCCGAGACGGACCUCCUCUUCGUCUGCUUUGCCAUCGACUGCCCUAACUCACUAGAAAAUGUCAUGGAUAAGUGGUACCCCGAAGUCCUGCAUUUCUGCCCAACAACGCCCUUGAUCCUUGUCGGCCUCAAAUCCGACCUCCGUAACAAACGAACCUGCAUUGAACUUCUGCGGACUCAAGGCCUUACCCCUGUCACCCCAGAACAAGGAGCUGCGGUAGCUCAACGAAUGGGGGCCAAGUAUAUCGAGUGCAGCGCAAAGGAAAACAAGGGCAUUCAGGAGGUCUUCGAUUUGGCCAUCAACACAGCCAUUCAGGUGGAAGAGGAGAGCUUCGAGGCCAAGCCAAACAAUAAGGGCGUAAAGGUCAAGAAGGCAAAGAAGAGGAAAUGUGUAUUCCUGUGA